GGAUGUUUCCGAACAACAAGAGAAAACGAGGGAACCUAUCUGCUAUUUCCCUUCUCAAACCAAAUCAGCCUUCGGGCAGAAGCCGCUGGGCCUAGUCGCCUGCCGCGAGUCCGCAUUAUAGCCUCCGCCAGCCGCCGUCCACCCCAGCGCCACUCCACGUCUCUGGAAUUGAAUCGCAAUUUGCGACUACCAAGUGCUAGUCUGAGCAUUGAAGAAUGGCAGGUAGGCGGGUGGUUAAGUCAGCUAGGUACAAGUUAGCAGUCAAGGACCAAGGUGUCGAUGGCAUUUUGGAAAUGACCAUGGAAAGGUUCAUAUUUAAGCCUAAUGACCCAAUGUCAUCAGCAAAGCUCAAUGUGGAGUUUAGGUUGAUUACAGGCCACAGGUUUACUAAAGAGGGUACCACUAUUAACCCGCCCUUGCUUAAUCUUUUCCGGAAUCAGGGUAAAAACUAUAUGUUUGAGUUCGACGAAUUCUCAGACCGUGAUGCUUGCAGAGAUUUUGCAGCUUCAGCCAUCGCAUCUUGUGGAGAUUCUGGGAUAACCACCCCUACACCUGCAGUGGAAAGUUCUGCAGCUCCAAAUAAUGAGCAACUCAGUGAAUCUGAAAUGGAACGUCGAGUUAAACUUCUGGAAGAUAGUGAAUUGAGGAGACUUCACAAGGAGUUAGUUAUUGGGGGCACUUUGUCAGAUGGUGAAUUUUGGGCGGCAAGGAAGAAAUUACUAGAUCAGAGCAAUGCUAAGAGGUCAAAUCAACAAGUAGCUUUGAAAAAUCACAUUUGGCAUAAAAAACUUACUACUGAUUGUCAGCCUAAUAAGAUUACUUUUAACUUGACACCGGAGAUCAUUCUUCAGAUUUUCACUGAGAAACCAGCUGUUCGUCAGGCAUAUCUUAAAUUUGUACCAAAGAAGAUGACAGACAAGGAAUUUUGGACCAAAUAUUCAAGAGCUGAAUAUCUCCAAGGCAUGAAAAAUGCUUUUGCAGCUGCAGCCGCCAUGGCAGCUGAAGAUGAAGAGCUUGCUGUAUUUUUGAAAAAAGAUGAAAUUUUGGCAAAUGAAGCUAGGAAGAAGAUUAAACGAGUGGAUCCAACACUGGACAUGGAAGCAGAUGAAGGCGAUGAUUACAUACAUCUACCAGAUCAUGGGCUGCCACGUAAUGAUACUAAAGAGACUGAUGACUUACAAACUGAUCCAUACAGAAGGUCUUUUGGACAAGAGCUCAAUCGGCAUGCAGCCGUGGUGCUUCAAGGCAGAACCAUAAAUGAGUUAGGUGACCAAAAAGCUGUAGCAGAAGCACUUGGCACACGUAAAGAGGUUGGUGAAGAAUCUGACGAGAACCUUGGCAAAGAGCGAUCAAAACGGGCUUCUAGAAUGGCUGAGAUUGAGGAUCUUCAGGCACCUCCAGAACCCUCAGUUGCUCCAUUGUCUAUCAAGGAUCCUCGUGAUUAUUUUGAUUCUCAACAAGCUAAUGCAAUCAAGGCAUUUGGGGAUUCAGUAGCUAGUAACAGAAGAUAUAAGUUAAGUGUGAGCACUGAAGAAGCUUUUAGCUCCUUGAAGAAACUUAUUUCAGAAAUCCAUUCACAGGGAUUACUGGAGCCAAUAAUCAGCCCAGAAGCUUCUCUUAAGGUGUUCAGUGCGUUAACUCAGAACAUAUCAAGUACGAAAUAUAAUCUUGGAAAUACCCCUCAGGAUAGCGUUUUGGAUAGGUUGCCAAAUACAACCAAGGAUGAACUAUUACACCACUGGACAGCUAUCCAGGAACUAUUGAAGCACUUCUGGUCCUCUUAUCCAAUCACAGACAGAUACUUUUAUACCAAGGUAAACCGGUUUAUUUGUAAUGAACUGUUGAAUGAGUAAAGGUUGUUCUUGCCGUUACUAAUCCUGUGUUGAAGUACCUCUCAUAUAUAUGACAGUAUUUAAUUAUUUCUAUUAUAUUACUCCGUGAUAAAUAUUUAUUUGUAUUCCAUUCUUAUACUUCCUUAGCCUCACUUUUUUUGUCAAUUUUAAACUCCACACUAUUUUUGCCCCCCUUUUACCUUUUUUGUCCAUCUCACUAUUUAUGUCGCAUACCUUAUUGUGUGGCUCACAUCAAUAUCAACCUCACAACUUUACAUUUCUUAAUUUAUGUGCCCUUAUACCAUGUCCCAGAAAUAAUUGGACGAAGGUGGUAUUUAAUAGUACUGUUUGUGGGUUUUAAAUAUAUACUCCACCGUCUCGUAAUUUUUCUUCUCGGAUCGACUUGGCUUGCAUUUUAAGAAAAUAAAAGUGUGGUU